AUGAUUGAGCUUGUCGUGAAAAGAGAAGUUAAAGCACAACCUGCUAAGCAGAAGAAGACUUGGGCUCAAAUCUGCUUCUUCUCGCGGUCCAAAAGGAAGCGCAACGGUGGAGAUUAUAUAUUUGUUAGUCGUGAUGCAUUAAUAAGAUGGACUCGUGAACAAGGGACAAGGAAUGGCUUUGUGAUUAUCAUUAAAAGGUCUGAUAUUGGAGGAGCUGGUAAAUUCAAGACCGGUCGAAUUCUAUUUUGUUGUGAGAGGGGUGGCCAAUUUAGGAAAAAAAAAGUUGUGGAAUCAGAUAGCAAGACAAUACAUAAGCUUGAUCAAAGUUCAAACCCUCCAAAGAAAAAAAGUGUGAAGUCUACUGGCACGAAGAAGUGUGGUUGCCCCUGUUCAUUGAAGGGUGUGAACUGUGGUCCUGGAGAUGCAUGGCAACUUGAGUUUGUCUGUGGAGUUCAUAACCAUCCUGCAGCACUAAAUAUGGAAGGGCAUUCAUAUGUAGGGAGAUUAAUUGUGGAAGAGAAUUUACUAGUGGUUGACAUGUCUAAGAGUUUGGCUAGGCCAAAAGAUAUAUUAUAUACUAUUAAACGUAGAGAUAGGUUGAAUGUGACCACAAUGAAGACAAUCUACAAUGCCAGACAAAAAAAUAGGGUGAUUGAGAAAGCAAGUAUGUUAGAGAUGCAGGUAUUGCUACGAAAGUUGUUUGCCCAUGAGUAUGUAGAGUGGCAUAGAAGCUAUGGUACCGCUAAUAUUGUAAGUGAUUUGUUUUAUGCUCACCCUACAAGUAUUAAGCUACUGCGCGCAUUUCCUCAUAUUUUGAUCAUGGAUUGCACAUAUAAGACAAACAGGUUUCGCUAUCCACUUUUGGAGAUUGUGGGGGUGACGUCUACACAUCUUACAUUCUCAAUUGCAUUUGUUUAUCUUAGUGCUGAGAAAAAAGACAACUACAGAUGGGCAUUGGCUAGAUUAAGGAGUGUUAUGGAUGAUAAUUCGAUUCCAAGUGUUAUUGUCACAGAUAGGGAGUUAGCUAAAUGCACUCCAUAA